AUACGGAAAUCCCAACCCUGAGAGAAAAAAACAAUAUGAGUUCUUUGUCUCUUUGGCUGCUUUUUUAGGGUUUAUUUGCAUUCUCUUCACCGCCUUUUCGUGCUGCGGAUCACGGACUUCAUCCCGUUUCAGGUAGCUGAUAUCAGCAUAACUUGUUUGGUUACUUAUUGCUAUCAGUAUAGACGACUCAUCACUUGGAAGUGAUAACUUGGUUGCAUCUAAUUGCAAUACUUCAUGGUGAACGGUGCCCCAAAAACGUCGGGAGGAUGGUAUUUUAGUAGAGCAGAAAUUGAGAAUAACUCUCCUUCAAGGAGAGAUGGCAUUGAUCUGAAGAAAGAGUCUGAACUCCGGCAAUCAUAUUGCUCUUUAAUUCAGGAUCUGGGCAUGAGGCUCGGAGCGCCACAGUUGACAAUUGCAACUGCUGUCAUUUUCUGCCACCGGUUUUACCUUUACCAGUCUCAUGCAAAAAAUGAUUGGCGCACUAUCGCAACUGCAUGUUUAUUUCAUGCUGCCAAAGUAGAAGAUACACCCAUCUCGUUGAACAAGGUGGUGACUGCCGCUUAUGAGAUGAUUUACAGAAAAGAUCCAGAUGCUGCACAACAGAUUCGUCAGAAGGAUGUUUUAGACAAACAGAAAUCAUUGGUCAUCCUUGGGGAGAGAAUGCUGCUUGCAAACAUUGGAUUUGAUUUCAAUGUUCAGCAUCCUUAUAGGCCACUUGUACGAGCUCUAAACAAAUUUGAGAUCUUGGAGAAGAAUGUUCGACAAGUUGCUUGGAAUUAUGUUAAUGAUUGGCUUAGGACUACAUUGUGCUUGCAAUAUAAACCACACUACAUUGCAGCUGGCUCGCUCUAUAUUGCUGCUAAAAUUCACAAUGUGAAACUUCCAUCUGGAAAAGACUAUGCCUGGUGGAAUGAGUUUGAUGUCACACCUAAACAGUUAAAUGCUGUUGUGCAAGAGAUGACAGAUAUACUUGGUUAUAAGAGGAAAAGUUUGCCGACUUGCCCUACUGAAAAGCCAGCUGAAAUUUCAUUGGCAAAGAAAAAGGGUGAUUCUAGCAGCCCUGAAUCCUGUGUUUUGAGCAGGCCAGGCUCAUUGACUAGAAACUCAAGCAACGACUCAGAUGGCCAAUUAGAAAUGAUAAACCAGAACCAUCCCAGCAGCUGCAAUCCUGAUGGUAAGCAAGUUUAUGUGGGUGCUGAAAUAAAAGCAGAAGUCCAGGCCCGUGGCCCUGAUGCUUCUGAAAGUGUUGCUGACAGUGAGAAAAGUCGUAAGGGCAUGGAGAAGGCCAAUUUAGAGCCUAUUCAAGUUUGUGAUGCUGUUGAAAUAAAAUCAGAAGUCCAGGCAAGAGGUCCUGAUGCUUCUGAAAGUGUUGCUGACAGUGAGACAAGUGGCAAGGGCAUGGACAAGGUUAAUUUAGGCCCCGAUCAAGUUGGUGUGGCUGCUGAAAUGAAUACAGAAGUUCCAGCAAGAGGGUCUGAUGCUUCUCAAAGUGCUGCUGACACUGACACAAGUGGCAAGGUCAUGAACAAGUCCAAUUCAGGGCCUGUUCAAGUUGUUAAUGGACUUCACACUUUAAACAUGGACAAAAUUUUAGCAAUGAGGAAAAAAAGGAAGAUUGAAAAAGAGAAUGAGAAAAGGGCUGCCGCAAUUAAAAGCAUGGGUGAAGAUGACUGGAUUGAGAGGGAGCUAGAAAAAGGGAUACUGUCAUCGUCCCAAUCAGUUGGUAAAAAACAUAAGGUAGCUUAGACUUCGGCGGAGGCUGCUGUUAGUCAAUGAGACCAGGUUUAUUCCUUGAUAUAGUCAUUUAUUGUUGGCAGGUGAAUGACCGGAAAAUUAAAUCCAAUAAAUGCAUGACUGCUGAAUGAUAAAGAAUACCAACAAUGAAGUUCUGCACAGUAUUGGUGACUCUGUGAUUCACAAUUUCAGUGUUUUUAAUUUUCGGUAGCAGCUUUCCAUUUCCGGCUCCGUCUCUCUUUGUUCUUGCAACAUUUGAAGGUUCUAAACGCAGGCUUCAUGUAAAUACUGGUUUCCAAAUUCCAAUGUAUAUAUUAACAUAUAAAAUUGUGUGUUAGUCAGGGUCCUUAGCGCAGAAGCAAGCAUCGCCAACACUUGUUCUGUGGUGGCUGCAAGAGACGCUCAGAGUAACUGUGUCUGAAGCAGAAGAAGCCAUUAGCGAAGCUAUUUAGGAAGGUGUUAAUUUUGAUGUCGAAGUUUUUAAACACAACCGCGAAGGCUGUCACUUUUUCUUGCCUUCAUUCUCUAUUUGUCGAUGAAAAUUUUGAAAUAGGAUUAGUAGUAACUUAUAUGAAAGCCCCAUUCAAUUUAUUCUCUAUUUGCAUGACCAAAUUUUCUGUCACAUAUAUAUAUACUAAUUGUUUUAAUGUACACUGUACAGUUAACUGAU